AUGAAGCUGGUCAACGCAACGGCAAUACCGCUGGCGCAACUCUCGGCUUCUACGUCAAUAAUAUCGCAGUCGUCGAACCAGACUACUGUUGUUCCUGACCCUGGUCAACAUGGCGACCUUUCGAAGGGUAAAACCCUGGUUGUCAUCUCAUCAGUGACCUGUAUUACAGGCAUUAGCUCCCUUCUGGCCGGCAUAGUCACUGUUUGCAUUCCAGCUAUGGCUCGAGAUGUUAAGCUUGAUGGCAAUCUUCUAUUGUGGCCUGCUUCUGUCUACGCCCUGACCUGUGGAUGCACACUCCUGCUGUCAGGUGCCAUGGCCGACCUCUACGGUGCUCGAACCCUCUACCUCAUGGGAUGUUUUUUGCAAUCAGUUUUCACUCUUGCCUGUGGGUUGGCAAACACGGGAAUCCAGCUCAUCAUGUUUCGUGCUUUUGCCGGAAUUGCCAUCUCAAUGUGUCUCCCCUCUGCCGUAAGUAUCAUCACGCACGCGUUCCCCACAGGCAAGAGAAGGAACAUUGCCUUUGCGUCCAUGGGCGGAGGUCAACCUAUUGGGUUCUCUGUUGGCCUCAGUGUUGGUGGUGUGUUCACAGACACGAUUGGUUGGAGAUGGGGAUUCCACAUUGCUGCAAUCAUCAACACAGUCAUCUUCCUGAUUGCGCUGAAGUGGCUGCCCAGCAUCGGCAAGAGAGAUCCGGUCACUUGGCACCGUGCCUUCCUCUCAAUGGUCUCUUAUGUGCUUGCUGCGAUCACCGACAGCACCCGGGACAUUAAGAAACCAGAAAACAUCGCUCUGCUCGCCAUCUCUGGUGUGCUGAUAGGCGCAUUCGUUGCUUGGGUCGAGAGACAGGAGCGCCUGGGCAAACCAGCCAUUAUUCCAAACUCGCUCUGGAAGAACCGCAGCUUCACCUGCAUCUGCACCAGCGUCUUCAUGGUAUGUGGCGCCUUCAACGCGACCGAGCAGCUCAGCUCCUUUUACUUCCAGUAUGUCCAGCGACUCUCCGCAAUCGACACGUCGGUGCGCUUCCUGCCGGCCCCCGUUGGCGGAGUCCUGGCCAACAUCGUCGCCGGUUUCGUGGUACACCGCGUCCGGGCAGACCUAUCGAUCCUCAUCGCCGUCGCCCUGGCGUGUUUGUCGCCGCUAUUGAUGGCGAUCUCCGACCCCGCGUGGUCCUAUUGGAUCUGCAUCUUCUGGGCAAUGUUUAUGAAGGCUAUUGGCGCUGACACGUUGUUCACAAUCUCUAAUCUGCUGAUCACAUCGCUGUUUCCGGCGAAGAAGCAGGCCGUGGCCGAAGGUGUAUAUAACGCCAUUGCCCAAAUCGGCAAAAGCGUAGGGCUGGCUUCAUCGGGCGCCAUAGCGAGUGCCGUGACCGCCCGGUCGAACUUCGCAAACAAGGAGGGCCCGAUGGCGUUGUUGGAGGGUUACCGGGCGUCGUUCUGGUACUGCUUCGCGCUGUACGGUGCAACCUUGUUGGUGACAGUUUGGGGUCUUAGAAAGAUCGGCAAAGUGGGUGUCAAAAAGGAGUAAAUAGGAAACCGAGAAAAGCGAAUUGAGGGAACUACCGGGGCAGCGGGGUAACGGGACGAUGAGUAACUCUCCCCGUUCCUCCACAGCAGAAGCUUCUCGCUUUGCGAGAUGGGCAACAGAGUUUCGAGUGACGCAGCGGAAACUCUACUUGGCAGCGGACUUUUCUUGCCAAGAGAUGCCAUCUUAAUGCUUACCGAAGUAUGAAGAAGAAACCACGUCGCCGCUGCAGAAAGGGGUUCUGGACUUCCGCUCUAGUCGAAGCUUAUGCGGCGGGGAGCUUUCUAGGAAUGUCUCGGUCGCUCGGGAGGGACGAUCUGCGUCGCACAGCGCGCUGGCUGCGAGUCGACCUGCAAUGCAAGGCCUGACUCAGCGGUCUGAUAUUUCCGCCGAUUGCAGGACCCCGAGACCCGAGAAUGUGGGAAAGGAUCAAAAAGGGGGUGAAUCACAACAGUUGAG